AUGCCUUCUCAGGAUGAUCCAAUUACUAUUGAUCAAGUAGAGGAUCUUGCUCGACAAAAAAUUCCCUCUCAAGCCUACAACUAUUACUCCUGUGGUGCUGAUGAUCAACGGGCUCUAGAGUCAAACCGUACAGACUUUGAUAGUCUGUACGUUCUUCCACGGGUCCUCAGAGAUGUAUCUCAUGUUGAUACCUCGGUCAAGAUAUUUGGUCAAACGCUUCCAAUUCCAAUAGGAAUCGCUCCCACCGCGAUGCAACGACUGGCUAGUCCGGAAGGCGAGCUAGAUGUAUCCAGAGCGGCGAGUUCAAUGGGUGUGAACAUGACGCUUUCUUCGAACUCCACUACUUCCCUCGAGGAUGUUAUCUUUGCUCGCCAACAGACCUCGAGCCCAGCCCCGCCAUAUUGGUUUCAAAUCUAUCUCCACACUAAGCUAGAACUAAGUGUUCCCUUGAUUAAACGGGCAGAGGCUGCUGGGUACCAGGCACUUGUCCUCACGGUAGACAGCCCAGUGCUUGGAAAUCGCAUCAACGAGAGAAAAGAACCAUUGAUUCUUCCCGAAGGUAUCACAUUGGCAAACUCAAAGAACAACUCAUCAAGUUCACGAAAACCAACAUUCAACCGCGUGAUGAUGGAUGCAAGAAAUAAACAACAAUACGACGAGGGACUUCGCGAGGCUGAUGGCAGAGAAUACAACUCCUCGCUUACAUGGAAGUCAGCUAUGGAGUUCCUACGCCGCACAACGAACAUGAAAAUUAUUGUGAAGGGAAUUAUGGCACCAGAAGAUGCUCAGGCUGCAAUUGAUCACGGAGCAGACGCUAUUGUAGUGUCUAAUCAUGGCGGGCGCCAGCUAGGCUGCGCUCCAUCUACAAUCAAAGCAUUGCCUGAAAUCGUGGACGUCGCGAAGGGAAGAAUACCGGUCAUCUUCGAUGGAGGCGUACGUCGUGGAAGUGACGUUUUUAAGGCGCUGGCACUUGGUGCGGACUUUGUUCUUGUUGGAAGGCCUGUAUUGUGGGGUCUUGGCUACAAAGGCAGGGAAGGUGUGGAGACUGUGAUGAAUAUCUUGGAGCGCGAACUGAGUCGUACCAUGGCAUUGGCGGGUACUGCUCGAGUUCAAGAUAUUAAUGCCUCCUUCCUUAGACAAUCUGUUGAUGGGCGCUUGAACAAAUUAUAA